AUGCUUGAAACACGUGGUGGGAAUAAAGUGAACAGAUGUGCUUUCAUUUCCCCGAGUGAGAUUCAGGCAACAAUAUGCGAGUCAAAUGGUGAGGGUGUUCUAAGUUACAUUGCUGAUGCAAUGCGCUUCCAUAAAGACAAACGGUUUUUUGUCGCACCCUAUUGGCAAGGGGUUGUUGCAAGGCUUAAGGAAGAUAUCGACACAACACAUCCAAUGAAAUGGACACUUGUCGAGUGCAACCAACAACCAUCAAGUUGGGAGUGCAAUUUUUACGUCAUGAGAUGGAUGUUUGAGUUCGUGUUGACUCGACAAAAUGAAUUCCCAAACAAAAACAACUGGAACGAUAAAAAACCGUUUAUGAAUUUAGUGUUAAAUGAAAUCAUCAUUAUGUGGAGUUCAAGGUUUGAGAGUGAGUAUUUGAGUCAAGUGCCCCUUUGAAAGGUAUGUGAUUGCGAUUAUGGAGUUUGACAUCUACCAGAUGGAUCUAUUUGUCUUUUUAUAUAUUUAAUUUUUCGUUGAUUAGGAUGGACAAAUUACGUUUAUUACAAAUGAUGUUUGAAUUGGAUAUUGUUAAUUUUGGAAAUUAAU